UUCGCAAUGGAAUCUCUAGACAGGCAGCGCUUGACUCGAAACCGCGUCGCACUUGUGCAGGCGCUCGAAAUGCGACGGAUUUUCUCAUCGCUCAUGCAAGACGGAAUACUGACAGCCGACGACCGCGAGUUUAUCCAGAAUCAGGGCCGAACACGGAUGGAGAAAGUCGAGUUGUUCCUUGACAUGAUACCCGGAAAGGGUCCGAAAGCGUUCGAGUCGCUGUGUCGUGCAUUGAAGCGCAAUCGCUACGACUUUCUUGUGCAGCGACUGGGUUUGACGUCGGAAGAGCUCAAGAAGUUGGAAGUAGCAUGUGAAGGGCAAUCACAAACUCAGCAACAACUCCAUGCACAAUCCAAUGCCGGUGGAUUGCCUCAUCGAUCAAGCAGUGCUGAUAACAUAUUAUGCGGUCAUGUGGAUUCAAAAAUUGCUGAGUACAGUCUACAUGGUGCUGCCGAGAAACUCGAGGAACACAUUCAACUAUUAGCCGUGCUUCAGGAAGACCGUGAGUGUCUGCUUUCUCAACUUACUGCUCAUGCUGAAGACUCUCUUGAACUGAAGCAUGUCAAGCAAUCACAGAAAGUAUUAGAAGAAACUAACGAGCGGCUGUUGAGAGAGCGAGACUCUGCUCUUGAACAAGCUGCCCAAAUGAAAGGACAGUGUGACAUCAUGCGAGUUCAAUACAACGAAACAAGGGCAAUGGUGCAACAGCUGACUGCAGAACUUCGUGCGCGAUCACCAGAAACGGAAGCUCUAGUACUGCAACGUAUCUGCUCUGAAGUGUCCGCAAAGUUUGAAAUUGAGAAAGCUAAUCACAUGGCCACUCAGUUUGAACUGAAUGAACUGCAAGUGAAGUAUGAUCGAGUGGAAAAAGAGCUGGAAGGACUGAGGGAACUGAAGAAGAGCUUGACAAGCAACAUCAAUGAAUUAACCGGAAGUCUGAGGAAAUCACAGGCUGAAAGUGUUGUUGCAAACAUGAUUCGGACUCAGUCGAAUGGUUUUAAAUCAUCUUUGGUGGGACCGAGUGAUGCAACAGUCAGUGAUGACUCUCAGAGGAUUCAACGACAAGUAGCACUACUGCAAUGGCAGAAGACACAACUAGAAGGGAAGAUAGAGGACAUGGAAUGUGAGACGCAUCAUCUCAGAAAUCAGUUUCAGGUUUUGGAUCGUGAUCAUAAACUGGCAGUUCAGCAACUGGAAACAGCAACUCAGGAAUCAUCUGUUGUCAUUCAACAGUAUCACAAUGUUGUUGAUCAAUACAAUUCUGUUAGCAGCCAUGCUAAACAUGUGACAACGUCUCUUCAGAACGUUAAAUUGAAGUACGAGAAUGCUCUCGCAGAGUGUCAGGAUCUAGAAGAAGAUAGAAGCAUUAUGAACUCACGUCUAGAGAAAGCGCUCAGGGAGCUGAGCCAUCUUCGAUCUGAAGUCAAUAUUACUAACCAAACACUCGUGAAACUGCGUCAAGAGAGAAUGGACGCAAUGAGGAUUCAAAUAGAAACAGACAAGAAAAUUCAUGAAAUUUGCAAAGCAAACAAACAAUGGCAAGCGCAACUGAGAGGAUUACAAGGAGAAAAGAAGACUCUGUAUUUGGAAAAUACAGAAUUGAAAAACGCACUUCAAAUGGCACAAGACAGACUGGACGCAGUCCAGGAGAAAAUAAGUUGCUGCAUGGAAAGCUCAUCUAGACACGAUGAAGUCAGACAGCGUGACACAAGGAACUGGAGCAUGCAACACUCACAGUUUGAAAUUAUGUUAAACAGCAAAGGUUAGAUAUACAUUAUUUUUGUACAAAGUUAUAUACUGUUGUAUAUCUACGUGAGUAAACUUUUGGUUGUACACUUUUGGUGACAU